AUGGUUGUCACUCACACACGUGCCCCCAUCCCCGGGUUGCGACUGGCGCGGAGAUGGUGGAUCUGGGUAGCGGGACUAGCUGCCAUCGCAUUCGAGCUCUAUAUAUUCAGAGACCUGCGCGUGUGGUUUUAUUCGCCUCAGCCUUUCGAAAGUAUGCGCCUCAUUCUUCUAUCUGCGGCCGGGACCGCCCUGGCUCUCAGCCCAAGAGAUACAUUCUACCCGCCCACCCUGAGUGACCCUGCCUAUAUCACCAAUAGUUCCAUUGGGACGUACGGUGGUAUCUACAAGGCUGCCACCAAUGGCCCGACUGGUGGAACCCCGUACGGGACCUACGAUUAUUGCUCCAUGCCGCAUCCUCGCUCAGAGGAAUAUGAGUUGCCUGAAGCCCUCACCAACGGGUCGACCAAGGGCAAGCUUGCGUACUUAGAGUACCUCCAGCGUCACCAGCGGCGAACUCCAUACAACAUCCUCCCAGGAGGAGAGAAUCAAGCGUAUGACUGUGACGACGUCCGUCCGUACCUGUACGCAGGCCCCAACAGCGCAAGUGGCAUCCAGCCCGUGCCUAUGUACGCUCAGACAUACCAAGAUCCCGCCAAUCCCUUCAGUCCUGGUGUGAACGGUACAUGUCAGUAUCCGCAAAUCACGAUUGGGGGUGUCCAGGACGGAUUCCAGCAUGGCAAAGACCUGUGGGCAGUCUACGGCCGGAAACUGGGUCUGAUUCCUAAGAAGCCAAAUGGUCGAGUUUGGUUCCGUUCCAGCGAGUCUCCUCUCACCCAGGCCUCGGCUGGUGCUGUCCUGCGGGGUGUCUGGCCGGAUUACCAGGGAGCUUUACCGUUGCAUCAAAUGGUCUCCUCUGUUGACACUGUCAACGAAGGAUACUCGUGUGCUGCUGUCAGCUCUACCCUUUCUGAUAUCAAGUCCACGGCAGAAUGGAAGGAGCAUUUGACAGUCACCGAAGAGCUGCGUUCGAAGCUGGGCUCAAUGCUUGGUGCGACGGAUAGUUCGUGGCAGAGUACCUUCGACCACUUCUCGGACAACUUCCAAGCCCGCCUUUGUAAUGGAUAUGAGCUUCCUUGCAGCUUGUCGGACCCUUCGGCCUGUGUCAGUAUGGACAUGGCUGAGGGGGUUUUCCGUGCUGGCGACUGGGAGUGGAACUACUAUUGGCGCACCAACCCAGAUGUGAUCAAGUACAUUCAAGUUGUCGAAGGUCUAUUCAUUGGCGAGAUCGUUUCCCGCCUGCAGGCUGUCCUUGAUGGCAAAUCGUCUCUUGAUUACAGUCACAUCUUCGUUCAUGAUGGUGACAUCGGCCCUAUAUUGGGUGCUCUGGGGAUUGAUGUGCUUCGCUGGCCGGCUAUGGCAUCCAAUAUUGCUUUGGAGGUUUGGGAAACUGAGGGAAGUGGAAAAUCAUUCUAUGCUCGCGUUCUUUACAGCGGACAUCCCUUGAGAAGUGUCCACGGGGUGCUUGAUUGGGUCCCGCUCUCAAAACUCAUUGAUAUUUUGAGUCCAUACGUUCCUCAGGAUAUCACGUCCCUUUGCGGAUGA